AUGGAACCAUGCAUCUGGAAUCCGAAAGAUAUAAAUCUUAAAGAUAAGAAGAAACAAGCAUAUGCAUGGAUUCGUCUUGCUGAACUUACUGGAAGGCCAGUAAAGGAAAUAAAAAAUAAAAAAGGAGAUUUUGAUGACUACUUUUCGCAAGCACUUGAAAAAAAAAACGCGAAUCUAUGCCAAUCACAACAAAUAGAAGAAGAUACAGAUCAGACAGAGGAUGACCCUCUGAUAAGAGACCGUACAAGUACGGUUACCACACCAUCCACACCACCAUCUAGAUCACCAUCCAGACCACCAUACAUACAAGCUGUUACUAAUAAACGUCGUCGCCCUGCUUCUGAAACGGCUGAAAAGCAAAUGGCCGUGGCUUUUCGACAAUUAACAAAUGUUUUGGUUCAAAGGCAGAAUGAAAAUAUACCUGCUCAUAAAGACGAUGAUUGCGAUCUAUACGCAACAUUAUUGGCUAUAAAGCUACGUGAACUGUCAGCUGAUGAACGAAAAAUUAUGAUGUACCAAAUAGAUGGGUUGUUUAUAAACAGAAUCAGUCAAAAAUCAAAUGAGCGUCUUACACCAUACCCUCAAUAUUAUUCUUGA